UGUAUAUAACCUAUCUGUUGCUGCUAGCCAUCCAUUUCAGUCAGUUAUCAGCUGGCUAGGUGAGGAUUCAGUUCUAUGAUGUACAACAGGAUGUGUUCUCACUUGCAGAUAGUGAUGCUGGCUCUGUUCAUGCUUGUGUUGGGGAGUAGCAUCAGUGCAGCACCAAGAGAUGGAGAAACACUGGACUCGCUGCUCCAGAAGGAAGCAGACAUCAAAGGGAAUGAGGACAUUUCCCGCACUGUUCUGCUAAAGCUCCUUUCCGAACUGGCGGUUCCCCGCGAGAACGAUGUACUUUCCGUCGACGACGGACUGAAUUUGCGAAAUGAAGUGGUCCGCCAGCUUCCCUUAUCUCAGCGACAACGGAAAGCCGGAUGCCGGAACUUGUUUUGGAAGACGUUCACCUCGUGUUAGCUGCACUGUAGCACUGCGUAUUAGCGUUUAUCGUGCAGCAGUUAUUUCUUUCUAGCACGAGUUAUAUAGGACGUUUAUCUUUUAUUCCCUAGUUUAUAUUUGGAAUCCAAUUUCUGUAAAUGAUGUGAGUCUGCCCUAAAUUACUAAAUAUGUACUUUGAAUAAAUAUAACAUGUUGGUACUACUAUCCCCAGACUAAUCUAUUUUAUAUUUAAAAGUAAAGCUGUGAUUAAAUUUCAAACAUGCAGCUCAUUUUGGAAAAUGUUACAAAUGAAUGAAAAUAUUACUAAGACUAUCAAUUAGAAUAUUUUCUAUAAAACUCUACAGGCACAAUGGUAUCUUUUUAUGCACUUUUUCUAUAUAAAGUUAUUUCUGGAAUAAGCAAAAAAACAAACAAACCCACAACCAAACAAAAAAACCCCCAAACAAAAACAAACCAACAAACAAACCAACAAACAAACAAAAAAGCUACAAAAGUGUAUGAACUUAGGCUUACCCUAAAAUUAUCAUAGAAAAGCACAAACAACCUCGUGUACACCAACCGAUCAUUGGGCUACUAUGCGCCAAUUUAUAAUUUAUCAGUCGCAAGAAACAAAAUAUCAAGUUCCAAAGCAAUAAGAAUGGUUGUAAAUAUCAGUUAGUGGAGAUAAAACUGGAGGAUCAUUAUUACACAGUGGCAUAAGAAAAAAGUAGGCUACAAACAUCCAGAGUGUCUCAACACCCGAGCGAGUUAUUGAAUUCUCAGUAACAAAUUAACCCAAAAGUGUAGGCAGAACAGGGAAAUAAUCAGGGAAAAAUUCUUUCAAAACCAAUAAAUAAAAAAAACCAAAACCUUCAUUUCCCCCAAAAAUGUGGUUUUUAGUUUAACACGAACAGUGCAUACUAGUACUAGUCUCAUCACUCCUCACUCUGCAGGCUCAUAAAAGAAAUCUCAUUUGCAAUGUUAAGGUGGUAGUCCUAUAGAUUACUUACAUGUAUAGACCUAUAGGUUGUUUAGGACAUAUUUAAUUACAUGAAUCAUACCUAAUAGUAAAACAGCACAACAAAAAACAUUUCAAUUAACAAACUUAGCCCAAAAAGUCAAACUGGGGGAAUAGAGACAAUCAAAGUGAAUGAUGAAAAAGACCCUUCCGUAUACUGAAUAAAAACAGAAAAAUAAAGAGAUCCUAUUACCAACCUACAAUAUAUUUGUUAAAGAGUGAAAUAGACAGCAUCAAACUGAAGAAAAUUCCAUAACAAUUCCAAACAUUCAAAAAUUUUCUGGACAUAAAUAGUUAUUCAUACAACGCAGAAAUCAAAGCGGGCUGUCAUUUUUAUAAUGGACUACUCUAAUUAUGCACCCACUUUUUCAGAGGGUCCGAAAUGCAAGUUCAAAUGGCUGGGCUCUAGGCCAACUACCUCUCCAUCUGUCCAUUUACUACACUAAAAUCUUAACCUUUCCCUCACUAAUACUACAAGUCUUUCCAUGAUUAUAUCCAUUUCCUCAUAACACGUUACAUUCCACACAAUCAUCAUAUGUAACACAUAUGUUCCUUCAUUUAGCUGUGUUAGAACAUGGAAUGAUCUUAAGAUGAUCCAAGAUGGUUAAGGUUAGGACCAGAAGUUAAUCUCACGUACACAAGGAACAUGACCAAGAAAAGGUCCAUGUCUGUUCAGCACAGUGAUCAUAAAGAGAAAAUGCUGGCAUUAUACAUCUAAAUCAUCAUCAUGCUUCAAGGUUAAGUCUUAGGUAUGUAAAAACAGUAGUGAUAUCUGUUGAGGAUAACAGCCAAUCUAAGUUUUACAAUCAUUAUGAUUCACAAAUAUGUUGAACAUUUCCUUCUGAAGCCAACAGGGUAAGUUUGACACAGGGGUUUAUAAGUAACAGGCACUCUGCAGAGAGCAAUGAACCGGACAACUUUUUUUUUUUUUUUACUUAGGUGUUUUACUAAGUGAA